GCUGGCGGCUGGGUCGUCCCGGAGCGGGGACGCCGUGUGACACCCCACUGAGUCACGCGUGGAGCCGCCCGUGGGCGAGGCUUCCCUCUGCCCCGUGCGUGGGCGCUUUGCUCCGCAAGGACAGCCUAAGCUUUAGCAAAGCUGCUAGGCUCCGAGGCCAGCGAAGGGGGAACAGACCGAGCGGCUUACCCCCAGUGCUUUCAUAAUUUUGAUUGUAGGUGUGAUCUCUCACGCCCGCUCUGUCUUUUCGGGGUCUCAAACCGGCAGGGUUUCUUCAGCCCGCCUCGGCCCUGGCUUGGGGAUGGGAGGCUGGUGGUGGCAGGCUGUGCUGAGCUGGUGAGGGCCGAGUUCGCUCUGGAGAAAACAUUCACCUGCAAAGUUCCCAAAAGACAUACUGCGCAUCCCAUCAAAACAACUCUUGUAGUCGUGUAAUCUAACUUUUUAAUACGAAGUUUUUUGUGUGCACAGGAAUUAGUCGCCUAUUUUUUCCUUCUCUCAGAAGAAGAAAAGGUCUUGAAUACGUUUGAGUAACUACUGCUUCCAUCUUUGUUGAAGUAUUGUUACCCUUGAAGUGUACUACAUCAUUUAACCAAAAUCUUUAAAGCAGCCAAGCCUCAUAGCAUAUGCACGGUUUUGCCAUUGUACAUAGAGUUUGACUGUGGCUUGUUUCAGCGUGUGAUGGGCAAGAAGUCCAUUUAGAAAGAGCGCUUAGGAAUUUAGAGUUUCGUCCAACCAAGACACUUCGAUGGUAUAAACAUUUAUGAAGAAACAAAUGUACAAAUCACACUCUGGAAUAGCUAUAGUGGUUUUAAAAUUGUGUGUGUGCAUUUGUAUACGUAUAGGCUAUAUAAAGUAUUGUUAUAAACUAUGUUCAGGCAUAUAUAAACUAGGUCUGCAUAUUUCAGAGAUAUUUUGUUUAGAAUAGUUAGAACAGUUCAACACAGAAGACAUGAAGAAACUUGAAAUGCUCUUGAAAAAGUAAAUAGGACUCAAAAGAUGCUUACAUGUUUUAGAAAAAUAACUUAAUGUUUAUGAAUUUGUAAUUAUUUAAUCUUUUUAAGGCUUAGCACCUGUAGCAAGUUAUACAUGUUUCUUAUUUUCUGUAGUUACUUCCUCUUGGAAAUAAAAGACUGGUCAUACAUUUUAAUCUAAUCAAUAGUUGUUCAAGUUUUAUUUUUCACUCUGAAGUCACAGUGCUGUGAGAAGAUCUUUGGAGCUGUAUGAUUUAAUUCACACUUCUCGAAGCCUUUACAUGAAAUCUGUGAUGCUGCAAAGUGUCUGCUCAAAGACCCUGCAGGACAGAAGUUCUCUCUAGAUAAAAAUUUCUUUGUAUAACCUACACAUUGAACACAAUGGUACAUGAUGGCAUUUAUGUUCGUUCUCACUGAUGUUUGGUAAUUUGCUUCUAAAAUAAAGCUGCAGUAAGUGUAGAAGUGCAGUUUUCCAUUUGAUUUAUUCCUCGCUGUAUAAAUGUGCAAUCCUGUAUGAGAAUACACAAUUAUACUGAGAUAUUUGUGAAAAAUAUUUUCAGUAUCCUGGGAUAAGAACAACUAAAGGAGAAUCUCUACAAUGAUUUCUCUCUCUCUUGCCUUUUGGUUCAAAAGCAGGGAUGUUUUGGAAACACAAGAGCAUUAUAAGAGUAGAUGGAGGUCCAUCUGGAUUAUGCAUCUUACUAUGUUUCUCAGUAGUGUAGGUUUCUCGAUUGUAGUUAUGUCUGUAUGGCCGUAUCUCCAAAAGAUUGAUCCAACAGCAGAUGCGAGUUUCUUGGGCUGGAUUAUAGCUUCAUAUAGCAUUGGCCAAAUGGUCGCCUCUCCCUUGUUUGGUUUCUGGUCCAAUUACAGGCCAAGGAGAGAACCUCUUGUCGUUUCAACGAUUAUUUCAGUAGCUGCUAAUUGUCUUUAUGCCUAUGUCCAUGUACCUCAUUCACACAACAAAUACUACAUGCUGAUUGCACGUGCUCUUGUGGGAUUUGGAGCAGGAAACGUAGCUGUGGUUCGAUCAUAUAUUGCAGGCGCCACUUCUCUUGCAGAAAGAACGAGUGCUAUGGCCAAUACCAGUGCUUGCCAAGCAGUUGGCUUCAUAUUAGGACCAGUUUUUCAGACUUGUUUUACGCUUAUUGGAGAAGAAGGAGUAACGUGGGAAUUAGUUCAUCUUCAGCUAACCAUGUAUACAGCACCAGUUCUGUUUGGAGCUCUCUUAGGAGUUAUUAAUAUCAUUCUCAUCUUUGCUAUAUUCAGAGAGCAUCGAGUGGAUGACAUGGGACGGCAAUGCAGAAGUAUCAAUUUUGAAGGCGAAGAAAGCGGUGUUUUGGAUCAGGAUGCAGAAGGAAACAUUGACCAGGUUGCUGUUGUAGCAGUCAAUUUUCUUUUCUUUGUCAUCUUGUUCGUUUUUGCUGUCUUUGAAACUAUAGCUACUCCAUUGACAAUGGAUAUGUAUUCCUGGACCAGGAAAGAAGCUGUUUUAUAUAAUGGAAUAAUCCUUGGUGUGGUUGGUGUUGAAUCAGUUAUUGUUUUCAUGGUGGUUAAAACACUUUCUAAAAAGACUGGUGAGCGUGCCAUACUCCAUGGAGGCUUACUGAUUGUCUUGGUUGGAUUCUUUAUUUUACUGCCUUGGGGGAAAAAACUACCAAACAUCCAAUGGCAAGAAAUAAAGAAUAAUUCCAUUCCCAGGACAAUGUUAAUGCCUUUCUGGAGUCUGCAAGCAAUGCAGCUUCCAUCCAAUCGCACAGCAGAACCCACAGGCUGCCCUGUCUCGCAGUCCUGGUGCCUGAAUACUCCCAUGAUCUAUCUAGCCCAGUAUAUCAGCUCCGACAUACUAAUAGGACUGGGCUACCCAGUUUGUAAUGUCAUGUCCUAUACUUUAUACUCAAAAAUUCUGGGCCCAAAGCCUCAGGGUGUCUAUAUGGGAUGGUUAACGGCCUCUGGAAGUGGAGCACGCAUACUUGGGCCUGUGUUUGUGAGCCAAAUAUACACUCACCUGGGACCACGCUGGGCAUUUAGCUUAAUCUGUGGAAUAGUUGUACUCUCUCUCUUAGUCUUGGAGAUAGUAUACAAGAGACUUGUUGCAUUUUCUGUCAGAUAUGGAAGGAUGCAAGAAUAGCAUUGUUAAAUAUGUAAAAAAACAAAACAACCCCCCCCCCAAAAAAAAAAAAUAUUUAACUUCUUAAUAUUACUUUUUAAUGAGGAGUGCCUAAACACUGACCUUUUUAGCUGUAUGCCAAGAACUAUAGAGUUGUACUUAUAUGUUGACAGAACACGUAGCUUGGUCAUACCCCAAUGCCCUGUUACAUCUGUGUUAAUACAGCUUUUGUAUCCUGCUUUCCUAGCAGGAGAGGAAGGAGUGUGAACAAGUUGAAUCAAUAUAGUUGCACAUUUGAAGUGUGUACAGUUUAAAUGACACUUCUGUGUACUGAAUGCAGCUGUGAAGGUCACACGUUAAGUACAUCCUUUUCAGAAAGAAGUAAAAUGUUAUCUUGAUUCUGUGAAUCAGGAUUAUUAACUCUUGUAACUACAAGAUUAGUUGAGCUGCGUGCACUUUGUAUGGAAACAUGGCUACUUAAGUAGGUGAACAUUUGGAUGUUCAGUUUGCUAACUGGUAAGCACUGGUUUAUACAAAACCUCCAACCUUGGAAACUGUUAAACAUCAGUAAACCUUCUCAAGGAUUUCAAAUGAAGUGGGAGGGAAAGUGAGAAUUUUAGAGGAUGGUAGGUGCCUACCUCUCAGGUAGUUUUUGUGGGAUUUGAGUACUUAAGUUGGUUAAGAGCCUUUGAAAAAAAUCACAGCCGCAGUGGUUGUUACUUGAACCACAGUAAACAGAACGUGCAAUUUUUCCUCUACUAUAUUAUUGAACGCCUUCUAAUAACAAAAAGUAUCACCUACACAGAGUUGAAUUAUACACAGCCUUUCUUAAUCUUACUGAAGGAAGGAAAUACUAAACAUGGUAAUUUACACUUUUGUUGUCACUUGUGGGAAUGAAUACACACUAUGCUGUCUGAGCAACCAGUGCUAAUGUUAAUCAAGUAAAAAGGAGAAAACUUUUAGUUCCUCAGGUGUUGACUAUUAUCUGGAGACUUAAUUUUCUGAUACUAUAGUGCAAGAAAUGGGAAUUCACAAUAUUUGAAUCAUUUUAUAUAUUUAAAAACAAAUUUUGUUCUUAAUAAGGGGGUCUAAGCUCAACUAUGUGGGUUUCUCUGUUUCAGUAGUACUGGGGGUGGCAGGGAAGCCUUUCUGAAAUAACUCCAGGCUAUGAGCUGUAGCUGCUGUUUAACAUGUCUAAUACUUGAUGCUUAAUGAAUUUAUUAAUUAAAUAUUCUUAUGUAAUCAAAUGUUGAAACACUAAAGACGACUGAAUUAAAAAUUAUUUUUUUAACAUUGAA